AUGAAUUCGAAACCUUCAAUCCUACCUUUUGUAUACAGGUACUACAUUGAUCAUGUAAACCAAAAAACAUCGUGGAACCGACCGUCCGCAGUGCCCCCGAGCUUUUCAACGCCUUUAGCGCCCAAGCAAAGCCUGCCCAGCAAAAUCACUCUGGUUGUACUGAAAACCGCCGCAAAGACCAACGCCGCCAAGGCACGCAAGCAGUGGUCAGAUGCGGGUGAGAGGUCUUCUGCGAGUGGAACACAAGAAACGGCACAGGGGCCAUUCCAAACACAGACGCAGAUCAAUGCAGCCAAAGCCCGCAACCAGAGUAGCAUCCCAGCUGAUAGUGCCACCACAACCCAUGAGUCGAUGCCCAUGCUCACUGACACUGAAACGACACAGAGGCGAUUCCAAUCACAGGCACAGAUCAAUUCAGCCAAAGUUCGCAAUCAGAGUAACAUCCCAGCUGAUAGUGGAACGACACAGAGGCGAUUCCAAACUCAAGCGCAGAUCAAUGCAGCCAAAUCCCGCAAUCAGAGUAACAUCCCAGCUGAUAGUGGCACCACAACCCUUGCGUCGAUGCCCAUGCUCGUUGACGCUGCUGCCAGCACAACCCCUAAAAUACCACGGUCACCUCAGAAGCAGAAAAUGCAAGCCAAAUCCACACACUUCGGUCCGAGUGCAACCAAAAAUUACAAUAAACUGAAAGCCAAUGCAUCCGCUUCCAUGGCCGAGAUAUCUCCACCUAACAAGACCAGACUAGCCCUGCAACAGGCUGAG